AUGAGGUCGACACAUUUCUUCGCAGGUGCUUUCGCUGCACUUGCUCAAGCAGCACCAACUGUCGACGAGACAUACCCAUAUAAUGGACCUGAUAUCCCCAUCGGCGACUGGGUUGACCAUACGAUUAAUGGCAACGCCAACCACACUGGAUUCAUCCGUCUGGUUGAACCCCCAGCUGUACGUCCUGGCUAUGCCAAUGCUACCAACAACGUCAAUGUCAUCUCACUAUCAUACAUACCUGCCCAGAAUGGAGGGGACACUGUUGGCAUCAAUAUCCAUUACCAAACGCCCUUUGGUCUUGGUCAGGCACCCUUGGUGAAUUGGGGUACCAGUGCUUCGUAUUUAAACAACGUGGCUAUCGGCUCAACCGCAACAUACGACCGCACUCCUCCCUGCUCUCUCGUGCACAUGACUCAAUGCAGUCAAUUCUUUCACAACGUGCAGAUAGAGCAUCUUCAACCGGGUACAACCUAUUUCUACCAGAUCCCUGCUGCGAAUGGUACAACCGAGUCUACUGUUUUGAGUUUUACAACGGCCCAGGCUGCAGGCGACCCAUCGCAAUUCAGUAUCGCUAUCAACAAUGAUAUGGGAUAUACCAAUGCCAAUGGAUCGUACUUUUACAUGAACAAAAGCAUGUAUGAUGAGGAAGGCCUCGCUUUUGUGUGGCACGGCGGAGAUCUCAGCUACGCGGAUGACUGGUACUCUGGCAUCGUACAGUGCAACUUGUCAGCUUGGCCCGUCUGCUAUAACGGCAGCUUUAGUAGCUUGCCCAACAACGACACCAACCCCGAUUAUUUCAACACGUCUCUUCCGGCAGGUGAGAUUCCAAAUCAAGGCAGCCCUCGGGGCGGCGAUGUCGGUGUCCUCUAUGAAACCAACUGGGAUCUUUGGCAGCAGUGGAUGAACAACAUCACCAUGAAGAUCCCGUACAUUGUCCUCCCUGGCAAUCAUGAGGUCACAUGUGCCGACCAUGAUAACCCUCCAUAUGUCCUAUCGUCAUAUCUCAAUGAGAACAAAACAAACACUACAAUGCAUGGCAAUAACCCCAACGCCACGCUCACGUAUUAUUCAUGUCCGCCUUCCCAACGCAAUUUCACAGCUUUCCAGAACCGCUUCUCUAUGGCAGGUGACAAGUCCGGAGGCGUCGGGAAUUUCUGGCAUUCAUUCGACUACGGCCUUGUUCAUUUCGUAUCUAUCGAUACGGAAACGGACUACGCUAACAGUCCCGACAAGACAUUCCGUGAGGAUAUUGAGAAGGCCAAGAAAGAAGAAGACUGUAAAGGCAAGGAUCAGGAUGAGCCCAAGUGCAAGACUAGGACGGAAUCGGCUACGUCUACGUCUACGUCCUCGUGGAGCUGUACCCCGCUUCCGACAGAUGAUGUCUAUGAUACAGAUGAUCUGGAGGAGGAGACAUAUCUUGAGUCUGGGAAAGCUCAUCCUUUGCGAAACGAGACGUAUGUCACUGAUGCUGGGCCUUUUGGAUACAUUGAGGGUUCCAUCCAUGACAACAAGGCUUAUCAGCAAUAUCAGUGGUUGAGGGAAGAUCUUAAAAACGUUGAUCGGUGCAAAACACCCUGGGUUAUCAUUAUGGGUCAUCGUCCCAUGUACAGCUCCCACGAUAACGCCAGCUAUCAUCUGCACCUUCGUGAGGCCUUCGAGGGGUUGUUCCUGAAGAACAAGGUUGAUUUGUACAUCGCCGGACACGUUCACUGGUAUGAGCGUCUCAAGCCUAUAGGAAACUGCCACGUCGACAUUCAUGCGAUCAAGAACCAUAGUAAGACGAAUGGUGUUUACGAGGUGAGGCCUGGACAAUCUAUGGUCCAUCUCAUCAACGGCGCUGCUGGAAACAUCGAGAGCCACGCGACCAUUAACAAGUCCUUGCCCAUCCCCGACAUAACAGCUCACCGUAACUUGACCAGUUUUGGCUUUUCCAAGCUGACUGUUUUCAACGCAACAACUCUGUCUUGGAAGUUCAUCCAGGGUCAUGAUGGUCUCGUCGGUGACAAACUCACUGUUCACAAGGAUCCGAAGUUGACUUGCAAGGAUUACAAGACUUAUAGCCCAUCUAGCUCGUUUGGUUCCUCUUGUUCUUCUGAGUGCUCUGGAUCUGGUGUGCUGGCCUGGCUCUACUGCAAUAUCUAUUGUGCCAGCUUUGGGGAGGCGCUUAAGGUUUAA